AUGAGACUCAAAAUUCUCUUGAUCUUUUCCUGUUUAUCCUUGACGUUUGCCAAAUAUCGACCUAGAUCGAUAAACAGCAGGCCUCACGAUUGUGAAGACUACUGUCAUGAUUACGACCGUUUGCGAGAUAGAGUAGAACUCCUGGAAGAAAGGAUUAGAACAAUCGAGCAGAGAAAGUGCACCAAACAAACUGAAGAAUUUAAUCAAAGAAUCAAUGCUUUGGAAGCUCGAAUGAACGCCAGUCUCGUAGUACAAAAUGAAAUCAACAACGAUUUUAGUGCAAACAUUACUUCUCUUCAAUCGGAUGUUGAUUACCUUCAAAACAUCACCACUCCAACAACACCGCCACCCACUGAAUCUUCAUCCUCAACGAUUUCAUUUGCAUUGGCGAUCCUUUUUUCCUUCUUUUUACUCAACUUCUAUUUC